ACUACAGCGUUUAGUUCUAAACCCUUUGCUUGGAAUUUGUUGGGGAAAAAAAUGCCCUCACAUAUUUAUAUUGUGGUACUUUUCAUAUUAUUUGGCGUUCUAUAUCGAGAGUCAAGUGGGAUUUUCAUGCAGAAACUAGCUAAGAAAAAACUUUGUGCGGAUGACAAAUGUAUUUAUGUUCUGUCUCUUGCAAAAGCUGAAGAUGAUUAUAAUGCUCCAGACUGCAGAUUCAUUAACAUCAAGAAAGGAGAACUGAUCUAUGUAUAUUCAAAGCUUGUGAAAGACAAAGCGGGUGGAGAAUUCUGGUCUGGAAGUGUUUACAGUGACCAAUACAGAGAUCAAAUGGGGCUUAUUGGUUACUUUCCAAGAACUCUAGCCGCAGAGCUGCGAGUCUACCAGAAUGUAACCAUAGAGUUACCCACAAAGGCUAUUGAUUUCUACUGUGAGUGACAUCAUGACAGAAAAACAAUAUCAAAGAACAUGAAGAGUCUCAAAUAAUCCCUUUUUAUUGUUAGACUUUUGUUGAAUUGUAUACUUCAAGUGUAAAUCUAUCAGACAUUUCCAUGUGCUUUUCUAUUUUGUUAAGAUAACUUUUUAUAUACGCUACAAUAUUAAAGAAUAUACAAAGAUG